UGCCCUUUUCCUCUUCUUCAAAGAACUCGGCUGGGACACCAUGAUGGUUGAGCCAAAACCUACCUGACUGGCGGUGACAACUAACGACACAGUGAGGCCAGGAGGACCGAGAGAGUGGCCACUGCCCCACAAGAUUCUCGGAGGACGAACCUCCUCUGCUCAGCUGAGAAUCUUUUUUUUUUUUUAAAGAUUUAUUUAUUUAUUUAUUUAUUAUAUGUAAGUACACUGUAGCUAUCUUCAGACACACCAGACAGAAGAGGGAGUCAGAUCUCAUUAUGAAUGGUUGUGAGCUACCAUGUGGUUGCUGGGAUUUGAACUCAGGACCUUUGGAAGAGCAGUCAGGUGCUCUCACCUGCUGAGCCAUCUCACCAGCCCCCGAUAAUCUUUGUUUUUUUUUUUUUUUUUGGUUUUUCGAGACAGGGUUUCUCUGUAUAGCCCUGGCUGUCCUGGAACUCACUCUGUAGACCAGGCUGGCCUUGAACUCAGAAAUCCGCCUGCCUCUGCCUCCCGAGUGCUGGGAUUAAAGGCGUGCGCCACCACGCCCGGCUGCCCCCGAUAAUCUUUUUAAAUUAAAAUGACUGGGCUGGAGAGUUAGCUCAGUGAUUAAGAACACUGGCUGCUUGUCCAGAGGUCCUGAGUUCAAUUCCUUUCAACCACAUGGUGGCUCACAACAAUCUGUAAUGGGAUCAGAUGCAGCCUUCUGGUGUGUGUCUGAAGACAGCUACAAUGUACUCAUAUAAAUAAAAAUAAAUAAAUUAAAAAAUUAUUUAAUGACAAUUCUGACAUUUUUAAUCCAACUCUGAAUAUAUAUAAUACAGAAUUUUCAGAAGUCAAUACCAGGAGAAUUAAAGAGAACAGUAAACAGAACCAGUAAAGGGAACAUAUAAAUUUAAUGUUACUGAGUACAAGUUCUUAUGGUUUACCAGUUUUGUUUUGUUUUUUUAAAAAGAUUUAUUUAUUUUAUUAUAUGUGAGUACACUGUAGCUGCCUUCAGACACUCCAGAAGAGGGAGUCAGAUCUUGUUACGGAUGGUUGUGAGCCAUCAUGUGAUUGCUGGGAUUUGAACUCAUGACCUUCAGAAGAACAGUCGGUGCUCUUAACCACUGAGCCAUCUCACCAGCCCCUACCAGUUUUUAAUAACCCACAUGAAGGUUAAAAUGCCUUAAGUAUCUUAAAAUUCAACUUUCCUCCUACAAGGAAAAGAAUUUUAACAUUUAAUAUUUCUAGUUCUAAUCCCAUUGAAGCUCAUUGAUUGAACUAGUUUAGCAUUUCAGGUAAAUAAAUAAUUUUUAAAUUUUGUAGAGUGAAUAGUUCAUAGAAGAAAUUCUAUUUAUACUGAUAUUUUCCAUAUUAUAAAUUUACACUCACCAAGAAAUAAGUGUAGAAAUAUAUACAACCAAAAGUAUAAUUUCACCUGAGGAAAAAAUUAAACAGAACACUUCACAAAUUUGCACGUCCUCUUUGUGCAGAGCCCUACUUGGCUUAAUUCUUUUAGCUUUGGUUUGGCUCUAUGUAUUCCUUCCACAGACUUCAAAUAUCAAUGCCUAUUUAUUUUCAUUAGAACUCAGGGAGGGUAUUUCUACUGAGCAGUGGUGGGGCAAACUUCAAUCCCAGCACUCGAGAAAGGCAGAGGCAAGUGGCUCUCCAAGUUCUAGGCCAGAUGGGUCUACAGAGGGAGUUUCAGGAAAGCCAGGGCCACACAGAGAAAUCCUAUCUCAAAACAAAACAAUUGGAAAAAAGAGUAAGUCUUAAAUAUAGUAGUGUCUUAUGACCUUAUAACUCUUGGUUAAAGGGCAAAAGCAACUGUAGAUAGUAUGAGAAUGAGUGAUCCUGGCAAUAUUCCAGUGAGAUUUGAUUAAAAACAGACAGUGCUGCUGAGCUGUAAUCUCAGCACUUGAGAAGAGGCAAGAUGACCAAUUCAAGGUUAUCUUCAGCUACAUAGCAACUUUAAGGCCAGCCUGAAUUAUGUGACACAUUGUUUUACAAAAGCCCAAAACAUGGUAUUGAAUGCCUUUAAUCCUAGUACCCGGGAGGCAAAGGCAGGUAAAUCUAUAUGAGUUUGAGGUGAGGGAAGCCUGGUCUAUAUAGUGAGUUCCAGUCCAGCCAGGAUUACAUACUGAGAUCCUAUUUCAAACUAACCAGCCAAUCAACAAAGCCAAAAGAGUAACACUGUCCACCCCAAACUAAUCAAAACAGUAGUGUGGAUUCAGUUUUUGGGCUGCAUUUUCCUGAACCCUAUUCAAAGAAAAUCUCAAACAAAAAUGUUUCAAAUGGGAGGUAGAGGUAUCAAAAUAAAAAGGAAAGUGAAUAUAUGAACCCUGAUUCUAUGAAACUUGCUUUGAAAUAGAACAUCAGGAGUUGGAUGCAGCUCAGUGAUAGAAGGCAUGUUUAGUAUGCUCAAAUCCCUGGAUUUGGGGUAGGAAAAUGGCUCAACAGGUAAAAACCCUUGCCACCACGGCCAAGCCUGACAACCUUAAAUUUGUUCCUGGGAUUAACAUGGUAGUAGAGAAUCAGCUCUGAAAGUUGUGCUACACUCCCACUGUUGCACAAAAAUAAAUGUUUCUGUUUUCCAGUUGGACUAAACCCUACAAAUCAAAAGGCCUGGUCACAACACAAAGGGAGGGAAUUUCUGCUCUAAAGCAUUGAAUUAUUAUUUUGCUGUUAACUUUCUUGGUGUUGAGAGUUUGAAUUACAAAUAAAAACAUUUGGUAAGAAGCAGAUGCUUAGCCGGGUGUGGUGGCGCACGCCUUUAAUCCCAGCACUCGGAAGACAGAGGCAGGCAGAUCUCUGAGUUCGAGGCCAGCCUGGUCUACAGAGUGGGCUCCAGGACAGCCAGGGCUACACAGAGAAACCCUGUCUCGAACCCCCCACCCCCAAAAAAGCAGCAGAUGCUUAUCUUCUACAGUUAUGUGACGGGGAAAGAAAGCAAUGCAAUUUUUGAACUAUAUUCAAGUUAAUUAGGCUAAUGUGUUUUGUAAGGUUUGUUUUGUUUCCCUUCUCUUCCUUCUGAGUAUUGGGGAUUGGAACCAGGACCUUACCAGCACUAAAGAAGUGAUCUACCACUAACCUAUAUCCUUUUCCUUUUGUUUCCAUUCUGAAACAAUCUCUGAGUUUCAGGCCAGCUUGGUCUACAGUCAGUUCCAAUCCAGUCACAGUUACACGGUGAGAACCUGUCUCAAACAAACAAAAUCCACAAACACUUCAACCUAAUUACUCAGCAUUUUUGUGUACUUUUCUAAGAAUGUGUUUCUCAUGAUAAUACUGCAUACAGGGUAAUAGCGAAUCUCUUUAGAACAUAGUUUGCAGUUUUCUAUUUAUAUCAAUUUCCUUUUUUAAAAAAACAUUUUUAUGUAUUUGAUUGUUUUAUCUCAAUGUAUGUGUAUAUAUGUGCUUGGUGUCUUAAAGAAAAUAUCAAUUCUGACAUUGGAGUUCGAGGGUUGUGAGCAGUCGAAAGGGUGAUGGGAUCCAAAGACUUUUAACUUCUAAGACUCUCCAGCUCCCAUUGUACAACAAUUUUCAAAGGAUCUCUGCAAGUAGUUGUUUGGAAUUGUUUAGAAUUUAGUUUUUGAACCAGACAUUGUGGCACAUGCCUAAAUCUAGAGUAGCUGAGGUAGGAUGACAAGUUUCCGGGCAGUUAGAGCUACACAGUUUAAGGAAUAAAUCAUUUGGUCCUUUGUUAGUGUGAGCUGCAAUUAGCUAAAGCUGGUUAUGGAAUCACGGAUAAAUAGGAGACACUAGGCCCUAUGAUCCCUACUUGGCAGCUGGCUGCUUGUUUAGGCCCUUGCUAUUGAUCCUAGGGUUGAAAUGUAGCAGGCAGUCGUCUAUACAGCUGGGCUCACAAAUGGAAGAGGAGCAGGUGCCCACCUUGGGCUUCAAGCACUUCACUGGGUAAUAUUUGUGUCUUGAACCAGAAGGCUGAGGAAUUUGGAGAGAGGGUAAUGUUAAAAAUUGGGAAGAAGCUGGGUGUGGUGGCGCACGCCUUUAAUCCCAGCACUUGGGAGGCAGAGGCAGGUGGAUUUCUGAGUUCGAGGCCAGCCUGGUCUACAGAGUGAGUUCCAGGCUACACAGAGAAACCCUGUCUCGAAAAAACCAAAAGUUGGGAAGAAAAAGUGGAGAGAGACGACAUGUAAUUAAAAAAACAAACAAAAACCCAAACAACAACUAAACAGUUUUAUGCUAAGUUGGCAGCUCAGUUUGUCUUUUGUGUCAGGGUGAUGCCUAACUUCUGCAGAGGUGAAAAAUGUCUCCAUUCCUAACCUAUGCUGAGUCUCCGGUAUUCUCACUUUUUAAGGCUAUUUUUCUCAUAACAUUGACACCCUGUCUCAAAAACAGUACUCUGAAUAAUUGUGUUUUUUUUUUUUUUUGGCAAGUUGCUGACUAGAUAACGUAAUUUGCAUCGGCUCAGUGCCUAGUUAAACCUUGGAAUUGUGAUGAUUCUUUCAUAUGAUUUUAAUAUGAAGCUGGCGCUAGUUUGAAGUUUUAGUUCCUCAAUGCAUGGGCAAUUAUAAUGAAACGGCAAAAAAUAUCCAUAAUUUCCCAGUUAUUAUCUAAAGUUGCGACGUUUCAGCUUAAAAGACUCGCCAGUUUUUUUUUCCUUUUCGAAAACCGGUAAGCAGCCGUGGCCUAAGUAUUUCCCGUUGGCUCACUCUGGCCUCAGCCCCACCAGCCUUGAGAUUAAGAAAUCAACUACGGUUGGAAGGUCGCAGUCAGCAGGGCGUGGGAGUGCAGGGCGACAGUCAGCCAAGAACCCCACGGAAACGCUGCUCUGCAUUAUGGCCUGUCCCAAGCUCUCACUUUGCCCAGCUCCGAAUUCAGACUAGCAGCUUCCAGCUGUCCUAAACGUAGCAGAAGGGGUCGGGAGGCCUGAUUUCCACUGUGUUGAUUUCGCGGUUUGUUUGCUUUUUCUUUUUCCUGAACCUGACAUGUCCCGAACUCGGGCACUGAUGAGGGGCAGUGGCCUGAGGAUAAGGUUAGGUGUCCUCCGCUCGGGCUCGGGGCUCCCACGGGCUUGCGAUUCCGCCAGCAUCCGUCGGGAAAGCACUAACCCUGAGAACUUCUGUCGCACUACUUACUGCGACUCGCUCUAAGCUCGGCACUGGCUAAUUUGCGGCUGGACGCCAGGGCGGCAAACAGCAAAGGCCUAAGUGACCUGCUGCUUAGACGCCCGGGGCCGAAGAGGCUUCGGAGUAGGCUAAAAAAAAAAAAAAAAAAAAAAAAAAAAAGAGCAUCAUUCUCGCGAGACUCAGCCUCCGAGAGGGGCGGGGUGAGCAGACGUGAACGCGCUCGGGAGCCGUUAGGGUGGGACCCUUCGUAGGAGGGGCAGGGCGGAGCGCAGCGACGUGGAUGGCGAUUGGCCGAACCCCCACGGGAAACGACUAGGCGCGAGCUGCGUGCGCGCUCCCGUCGCGGCGGCUGCGAGCCGCGUCAGAGCUCGCUUGCUGGGGGGGGGGGUUGACGGCUUCUGGCGGGUGUUGGUGUCGGGAGGAGGCGAGAGUCGGCUUAGCCUGUGUCGCGUCUGUCUCAGGAACCGGACGGAGAGUGAGGGCACCAGGGCUCACUCUCUAGGGGGGCUGCCAUUUUCCGCGUUCACGCCGUCGUGAGGAGCGCAGCCCGGACUCUCCACGACCCCUCCGACUCCCUACUCGCGGGCCUCGAGGCCGCGGCGGCCACCGAGACAGCGCCGCACCUCCCCCACCCCUUCCCCUCGUCCCCCGCCCGCCAGGGCCCGGCCGGUGCCCCACCCCCGCCUGCCUGCCCGCCCGACCGCCCGCCCGCUACGCCGCCGCCAUGUCGGCGCAGGCCCAGAUGCGCGCUAUGCUGGACCAGUUAAUGGGCACCUCUCGGGACGGGCCCUGGUGGUGGCAACCGCCUGUGUGCCACUGAAAAUCGUGCCGAUGCCUGGCAUACUGCAUAAAUGGAAGCAGGGUACCGCGUGAGUUGAAACAUUGGUCACACUAUAUAAAGUUUGUAUAUGUGAAUCAGUGUAACUCAAACCCAUGUAACUGGGGGGUCUGUCUAUAUUUGGAAUUUUCUAAUAAGAUAUAAGUUUAGGAAAAGAACAUUGGGCUGAGACUCAGGAGACCUGGUUUCUAAUUAGAAGCUUGGGUAAGUCACAUAACCUUUUUGCCUCAAAUUAAAUCUGUAAUUUGUUAUAUGGGAAGCCAAAUAAUUUUCUAUGUUAUACUAAAAAUAUUAAAUAAAUAUAAUUAGUUUUUCUUAGGAAAAAAAGUUGCAAGUAGAUAUCAUUACUAGUAUUUUAAAAUUAAUUACAUUUAAGAAAUUUUUUGCCUUAGAAAAGAGAGAGGUAAUUAAUUUGUUUUCCCUGAGCAUAUUCCAGAUGGUAACAGUAACACAGGAAAUUUUAAGAAACAUUUUAUUUGUUUUUGUGAUAGUUGAGAGAAAGCACUGUAGUGCCCUCAGAUGGAUAGUGGUUAUUUUGACUAGAUUGGAUUAAUUGUAAGAAUGUCCCUUGGCAUAAAUCCUCUGUGGGCACGUAGUUUGGGUAUGAAUAUCUGGCUGAGAUUCCAGAAAGACUUAGGAAGGUACAACUAAAGUGAAUUAAACAAAAUUGAGGUGGACUGGAACACCACCACCACCUCCCCAGUAAUAGGGAUCAAACUCCAGGCUUUUCGUGUGCUAGGGAGCUCUGAACCACUAAACCCUUAGGCCUAGGACCAGGACCUAGAUUACAUCCUAAAAUUUGAAGUUUGACGUUUAGAAGGUUGUUCUAAGGCUACUAUGCUUUUUAAAUUGUUUUGUUUGUUUGUUUCUUUUUUUUUUUUAAGAUUUAUUUAUUAUUUUACUUAAGUACACUGUAGCUGUCUUCAGAUGCACCAGAAGGGGGUGUCAGAUCUCAUUACAGGUGGUUGUGAGCCACAAUGUGGUUGCUGGGAUUUGAACUCAGGACCUUCAGAGCAGUCAGUGCUCUUACCCGCUGAGCCAUCUUGCCAGCCCUUAAAAUUGUUUUUAUGGGAGCACAAACCAUUUCUGAAAGGUUAAAAUAAAAUAGGAGUGAUAGUGUAUCUUCAAAUGUGCCUUCGAAGCCGACCUAUAGACCCAAAGUGUAGAUCGUAGAAAUAAAAUUGUAUGGUAUCCAUGAUACUGAGUAGCUUUGAGCAGACAAGCUACCUACAGCUGGGGAUGUAUCUAAGCGGUGGAGCGCUUUCUUAGCAUGUGCAGUGACCUGUACAAUCUUCAGUACCACAACCCUUCCUUCUAACUCCUGAGUGACAAAAAGCUCCUUAAUGGCUCUGUACCCUGACAGGGAUGUCAGUCAAUGUUCCUGGAGUAGUAGAUCAUAAUUGUUGUAUAUAGGGCUUUCCUCUGAUCCUAGCAUUUGGCUGUAGAGGCAAGAGGAUCAGGAGUGUCCCACACUCAGCUACAUAGUUAAUGAGGCUACUUUAGGCAACAUGAGACACCAUCUCAAAAGCCAAAUCAACAAGACCCCAAAAACAUACAUAAAAAUUUUUAGAUAGUUUUAGCUAUUUAGAAUAGUAAUUUUAAUGAGCUAUAGGAUACUUCCUCAGUUUUUAAUACAGGAUAUUAAUCUUAACUGCUACCCAGUUGUGUAGUGUGUGAUAACAUAAAAUUGAAGGAAAAGUAUUUUAGGUAGUAACCUUGGAAAAUGCAGUUCAGAAAGUAAUGUACCUAUUCUUAGUACAAGUUAGAAAUACCUAGCUAAUACAUCUACAUUUGUAUAGAACAUUACUGCAAAAUUAUUGAAUCAAAGAUUUCCAGUAGUGUUUUUCUUCUGUGGGUUUAUCUUUUUGUAAAAUCACCUUUAUUGUAACUUGUGUUUCUUGACUUGUCAUUGACACAUAUUCUCUUAAUUUUGUUCUCAUCUUAAUGAAUUACACUUAUAUCUUGGUCAGUUGUAAGCCAUCCAUUUAUUAUACUUGGCUCAUUUCAUUUUAAGUAAAAGAGGUAUAGCCUUAAAUGCAUGAGAAUACAUUUUAUAAAAAUACAUUAAAAUGGGAUAUUUCUUAGUCUAGAGCAUGUACAUAUAAGGCCAAACAGUUUUCAUGUAUGUCUGUAACCAUUUGAUUUUUGUCAGUGUUCAGGCAUCUUCCACAACAUUGAAAAACUCUUGUUAGCACUUGAAUAGUGAAUCAGUUAAAGUUUCCCCCUCACUUUGUAUUUUGAAUUCUAAAUAAUAUUUCUGUCUACAGAGCAGCCCAGAAAACAAUAAAAAUCUCACCUCAUAGAACCCUGUUAUCUUGGAAUCUCUGCAGUUGUUUAGCACUCCUCAAGUAAGCCUAUGUUUUUGAGACAGUAUUUCAGGUAAAAAAAAAUAGAACAGAAGAUAAAUUAUUUUUUGUGUAUGUGUAAGUAAUGUAAGUGGGAAGUAUGUUUCUAGUUAAAGUAGGAUGUCAACUAAGGAUAAAAUGUGUGCAGGAUGGGGACUUCAAAAGCAAGUAGAUGUUAUGGUCAUGCUCAGGUUCAUUGUUCAGUAAUGUGCUUCUUAUAGACAGUGAAAGUUAAAGUUGCUUAGGGUUCAGAUAAGCAAUGGGCUGAGCACUAAAUAAAGGUCAGUGAGUGUGGUAAGAAUAGAAAAAAUGAGUUAGCUGCUUCUUAAUGAGCUUCUAGCUGGGCAUGGUGACACGUACUUGUAAUCCCAUUGAGAGACUUAAGCAGGAGUACCUAGAAUUCUAGACUGGGUUGGGCUCAAACAAGCAAAAAGUGAAAUUGCAAACAUGGAAGGAUUAUAUUUGUAAUCCUAGCAUUCUACCAUUUGGGAGGCUGAAGCUGGAAGAUGAUGCGUUUUGAGGUCAAUGUAGGUUUCAACGGAAAAAAAAAAGAUGUGUGAAGCAGUUCAGAACUGCUACUUUUGAGGAAAUAUAAACAGGCCUAUCCACCCUAAUCAGUCUUUGAAGAAAUUGUAGACUAAGAAGACGAAAGAAGUUGGAUCAUCAUAUUGGAGAAAAAAAUGAGGGAGUGAACCAGGUUGUGAACCAUGUACAACUGAUGUUUGACCUAUUUGACUCAACGUGAAAAGAAUUUAACCAGCUGCCCUUGCUGACUCUUUUAUCCUGUCUCAAGAAUAUGGUUCAAUGUAUCUAUGCCUGCCUACUUCAAUCUGCAAGGGAGUUUCAGAAAGGCCCCGCAUUCGCCGAGCCGAGAUACUACUCGUCAACGAAUCAAAUUCAGCGAUGACAGAGUAUGCAAGAGCCACCUUCUCAACUGUUGCCCCCACGAUGUCCUUUCUGGAACAAGAAUGGAUCUUGGAGAAUGCUUGAAAGUCCAUGACCUGGCUUUAAGAGCAGAUUAUGAAAUUGCGUCCAAAGAACAAGACUUUUUCUUUGAACUUGAUGCCAUGGAUCAUCUGCAGUCAUUCAUUGCAGAUUGUGAUAGAAGAACAGAAGUAUCUAAGAAAAGACUAGCAGAAACUCAAGAAGAGAUAAGUGCUGAAGUGGCUGCAAAGGCAGAGCGUGUUCAUGAGUUAAAUGAGGAAAUAGGCAAGUUGUUGGCCAAAGUGGAACAACUAGGAGCUGAAGGAAAUGUGGAAGAAUCUCAGAAAGUCAUGGAUGAAGUCGAGAAAGCACGGGCAAAGAAAAGAGAAGCAGAGGAAGUUUAUCGGAACUCUAUGCCAGCUUCCAGCUUCCAGCAGCAGAAACUUCGUGUCUGCGAGGUCUGCUCUGCGUAUUUAGGUCUUCAUGACAAUGACAGGCGACUGGCUGAUCAUUUUGGGGGUAAAUUGCACCUGGGAUUUAUUGAAAUAAGAGAGAAGCUGGAAGAAUUAAAGAGAGUUGUAGCUGAGAAGCAGGAGAAGAGAAACCAGGAACGUCUGAAACGAAGAGAAGAGAGGGAGAGAGAAGAACGGGAGAAACUGAGGAGGUCCCGAUCACAUAGCAAGAAUCCCAAAAGAUCUAGAUCCAGAGAGCAUCGCAGACACCGAUCUCGCUCCAUGUCACGAGAACGCAAGAGGAGGACUCGAUCCAAGUCUCGUGAGAAACGCCAUCGCCACAGGUCCAGGUCCAGUAGCCGAAGCCGCAGCCGUAGCCACCAGAGAAGUCGGCACAGUUCAAGAGAUAGGAGCAGAGAGCGAUCCAAGAGGAGGUACUGAAGUGCCGAUCAGAGGAUGCGGAGCUACCUUUAUGUUUUAGCCUUUUGUUUCUUAUGUUACUUAUGCUUAGAUUAUUGGCUUGAAACCUGCACCUGAUAUAUUGAUAUGUACUCAAUUGUAGGUGUAUACAUUUUUUUCUGAUUGUAUGAGUAGUUCAUGCACAGUUAAUGCAUGAGCCGGAGUAAGAAAUUGAAGCCAGUAUGUGCAGAGGUUAUUGCUUUUCUUUACUUGGAAUGUUGGGGAGACGGGAGGGAUGCUGAUAAAAACUAUUUUAUAGGCAAAUAAUUUUAGGUACUAAUACUCUUGAGGGUUGUAGGGGAUUUUGUUUAUUUGUUUUCCAAUAUGUAUUAACAAAUAGGGACUCUGAGAAGUCCUUUCAUUAAAAGCAUUGUUUAGCUUUGUUUGCCUGUUUUCCACAUUUUGGUGCACUUCUAAAGAGCAAACCGAUUCUGCUAUGUUGUUUAAUCCACAGUAUAAAUCAUACAUUUUCAUGUUCACCUUUAGUGUAAUGGGAAUAUUCUGAGUUUGGAGGAAGCUACAAAACACCUUAGUAUAGCAGGAAACUUCAAAAGAUGCAAUGAGAGCAGACAUUAAUUAUAUAGUGAGAGCUAACAAAGGGUUAGAAUAUAGUGGAGCUGUUUAAUUCCCAAAAUUCAGGUCACAUAAUCCUAUGGAGCAUAAACUAUACUUAAAAUUACUUUUUCCCUCCUUGACAACUAUUAUUAGGUAAAUAUAGGAGAAAAACUCGGAAACCCUAGUUACUAGUCUUAAAUUUUCUUUGGCUUACUCCACAUAAAUUAAACCCACAGAAAGCUGACAAAAUCUUUGUUAGACUGAGUUACCCUUUCCCUGAAAUCACAAGCUGAGUUUCUUAAUAGGCUUUCAAUCAGCUUUUUAUUUUGUGUAUUUCUGUCUAUGUUCUUAGUAGCCCUUAAAGUGAUUUUUAACUAGGUAGGGAUUUGUGUGUGUGUGUGUGUGUGUGUGUCCUUGUGUCUCUGUGUGUGUCUGUUGGGGGGAGGGCUUGCGGGAGAGGUCAGGAGGCCAAGCUCUUGAGUAGCUCAAAUUGACCUCAUAUUCAUCCUUUAGCCUCAGCUUCCUCUUGAGUGCUGGGAUUAUAGGUAUAUGACACCCUGCCUGGCUUUAUGAAUUAGAUACUUUCCUCUGUGCUAGGCUUGUUAAAAAAUAGCCAAGUAAUAGUAGUGUAUAUAAACAACCAUUUUUAUGUUGCUCUAUGGAGUUUUCUGUGUGGGAGAAUACUUAGCCACAGAUUAUAAAGUGAUAAACUGAAUAUCAUAGGAUAAAUAACAUAAAUUUAGAUGAGGAAAAUUUUCAGAAAGAUUCUUUAAAACUGGUUUGAGGUAAUGGAUCAGGCUUGAAUAACUGGUUGUAAUUAAACAAGUAUGGAAAUACCUGUAGGCUUCUUACAUUUCAAAACUGGGUUUGUCCUCAGUGCAGUGGCCAGAAACAUUUUUUUUUUGGUAGUGUUCUUUAUGAUUCUAAAUCUGCACACUAAAUCUGAGAAUCGGGUGGUUUAGGCAAUAAAGGAUCUAGCUGAUUCUUGUGUUGACCUGCUCAGCUGUCAUUUUUCUGAUGUUUAUCUUACUUGUCUUUAUUGGUGAUGGAGAUGGGAGGGGUGGGUGGGAAGUCUGUCCUAUCACUGUGUCAUCCUGAGGCUUCCUGAACUUGGGAAGUUUAGUUAUAUAGGAAAACUUCCCACCAUAUUCAGCAUGUUCAAAAGAGGAUUAUUUUUGUAAAAUUAUUAAAAAUUUUGCUUUUCUCAAGAGUAUUUCAUAUCUUUGAAUUCAAAUUACUUUUAAAACAUCAUUGUUUUUAACAAAAAAGCAAAUGAUUACUUGUUAUUUCAAAUAUAUAACAUCAAAUUAUUGUUAUAUAUGUGAGUUUAGUUUUUGAUGGUAAAAAAAGUCCAUUAAAAGUCUUGGCAGUUUGCUGUUUUCUUGCCCUUGCUGUGAAGUACUUAUAUCUCUGUUACUACAAGUAGGUUGUCUAUAUGAACCUUGUCUUGGCAACAGUUCCCAUAGGUCAGUGAGGACCUUCAGCAAUUUUGUGCUUUUGGGGGUGUUCUGUCCUAUAGUAGACUUCAAAGUCACACUACUUGGGUUCAGAAUUCUUUGCCAAAUAAUUUAAUUACAUCCCGUUGUUUUUCCAUAUUUCAUUAGAGAUAAUAGAGACAUUUGGCUUAUUAGGCUUUCACUAGUAACAAGUAACAAAUGGUGUGUAGGAGGAUAUUUGUAAUCUUGUACAAACAUUAGUUCAUGUCUUUGUUCUUUUUCAGUUAUCACUGACCUCAGGGACUUGCCAGCAUCUAAUGUCAUGUUCUUAGUGAUCAUUUCUAUCAUUAAUAGAAGCUUUGAAGAUGGCUUGUGUAGACUUGGAAUGUGGUUAUUAUUAUUUUUCCUUGUAUAAUGCUUAUUAAGCAGGGGCUCCUGAAAUGAUAACUUUUGAGGGGCUGAGGCUCAGGAGGCUUGUCAUAAAUUGAGGCCAGCUUGGGCUAGGGAGAGAGAACUUGAUUCCAAAAACAAAAGGGGAAAAAGGCUUAUAUAACUUCAAGUAGAAUGCUUGAAAUUGGUGUUGAUUUUUCAAGCUUUUUAAAUCUUAAUUUCUGUUGCCAUAGUUUUGUAUUACGACAAAGUAUUUGAAAACAAUUUGUGGGCUGGUGAGAUGGCUCAGUGGGUAAGAGCACCCGACUGCUCUUCCGAAGGUCCGAAGUUCAAAUCCCAGCAACCACAUGGUGGCUCACAACCAUCCGUAAUGAGAUCUGACUCCCUCUUCUGGAGUGUCUGAAGACAGCUCAGUGUACUUAUAUACAAUAAAAAUAAAUAAAUCUUUAAAAAAAAUAAAUAAAGUGAAAAGUUUAAAAAAAAAAAAAGAAAACAAUUUGUGAGAAGGAAGGUCUUUAUUUUUAGCUCACACUUUUGUGAAGUGAAAAUGAGAUUUCAGUUCAUGGCCACUUUUUUGUUGUUGUUUUUUUUAAGACAGGGUUUCUCUGUAUAUCCCUGGCUGUCCUGGAACUCUGUAGACCAGGCUGGCCUCGAACUCAGAAAUCCGCCCGCCUCUGCCUCCCAAGUGCUGGGAUUAAAGGCGUGUACCACCACGCCCGGCUCAUGGCCACUUUUGAAUUGUUUCUGGGCCCAUGCCUAACCAGAACACCAUGGCAUAGAGAACAAAGAACCAGGUAGAAGUUAUAAUAAAAUAGACCCCUCUUGACCUGUUUCCUCCUGCCAGAAACCACCUCCUAAUGGCUGUUUAGCUAUGAACUUACAGUGGGUUAAUUCAGCGGUUGUACCAUCUUUAUGAGCUAGCCACCUUUAUCUGUAGCACCAUCACCAGUUUCAAGUCUUCAACAGUACAUGAGCCUUUUGGACUGUUUUAUAUUCAAACUAUAAUACUCUCCUUAUCUAUAUUUUUCAAACUGGUUAUAGUAGUAUUUUUUAUCUUGCCUUAUGUUUUUCUGAAAGUAUUGUGUUUUCUGGGUUAGUAGCAUGCAAACAUAGCAUAUUGAGAUCCAACUUUAAACUCCAACUUUAAAAAAAAAUAAGUAUUAUGCAGGACUUGGCAGUGCCUCUGAUUAUAAUUCUAACCUUGAUUGAGAUAAAUUAUGUAUAAACAUUCUGUACCACCUGUAAAGAACUAAAUAAAUGUGAUAUUUGUUGUUAAUUCA